AUGAUCAAAGAGCUUAUUCGCAUCGGAUCCCAAUUCAUUGGGUACCGUGAGUAUGCCAGCAGAACUGAAGAGAAACUUGCAGAGGCCAACAAGCUUGCCGACACUCUCGCUCAAAAACUGGAGCAAAGUGAAGCGGCCCGCAAGAAAGCCGAACUUGUUGCUAGCGAAGCCAAAGCAGAGGCUGAUGAAGCCAAGGCAAAAGCUGCUAGUGUCGAGGAGCUGCAGAAGAGACUUGAGGAUGCUGAAGCUGCAUUAAAUGAGCACAAAGCCGCACAGGAUGCUCGUGAAAAGGGAAUCCUCAAGUGCCUGAAUUCGCAAAAUCGGCGCUUCAAAGGCCAAACAAACCAAGAGUUUGAUCUGGAGAAUCCCGACAAUGAUCCUCUCCUUGACGCACUUUCUUAUCUGGAGUUUCAUGGAUCCGAAAUUCGUGAAGGCGUGGUGAAUGCUGACGCAGGAUUGUCGAAGCUAUUCCCCUACUUCUUCCCGAAGAAAGAGGAGCCCAAGACUUUCCUUGCCCUUGCCCAGAGCUUCAAUCCAUCAGAGGACCUUGGACUGAAAAUGCGCCAGGAGAACAUGAAGAUUGCUGUCGAGAGCACUGUUGCCUUGGUCGCUGACAGCCAACAAACUGUUGACUGGAUGAAGGUUGGCGACAUCGAGCAGAUAGAGCAAACAAAAUGGCGGUCUUUGAUCAAGGCAGCCAAACCCAAUACGAAGAAAAUCCUAGCCUAUCUCGGGAUCAAGCCAUCUUCAACUCCUAGCUCAUCGAGGCCGGAGGUCUAGUUGCAUGCCUCUUUUUUUUUCUUUGCUUUCUCUCUCUCUUUUGUCCUUGUCGCCAAUUUAGCUGUGGCGACAAUUAU